GUUUAGGACCCGGGGUUGGUGGGGUGAGAAAGAGCGGGGGCUCCUUCUUCCGGGACCGCUGGGGGUGCGGGGCGCCUGGGGUGCAGGCCCCAGAACAGAUUUCUGAUCCUUAACCUUGCUGUGAUCAUUGUGAUGGAACAAGAAAAAGAAUUGUUGGUCUCAGAUUCUAAUGGCUUCAUGGAGAAGGAGAGUUUGAAAAGUCCCUUUACAGGAGAUGAAAGUAAGAAUAAUUUGGAAACUUUUCAUCACAAUAAUUCUAAGGCACAUAAAAAGCUAGCUUCAAAAUGGUCUGAGAGAAUUGGCCUACAAAAUUCUGAUCAUGAGGAUGCAAAAGAAAUGCCAUUGACUUGGUCUCGAGGAGAUGAGAUUUGGUGUCAUGAUUCCUGUGAGAAUAAUGUCAAGUCAAAGAACUGGAGAAAUUCUAUAGGGAAAGAAGAGGAAAACCCCAAUCAUCAGGAAUGGUACCCAAGAGAAGAUGCCAGUGCCUCUGUCCAGCAGAAGUCAUCCUUUGGAGACAAACCCUACAAAUGUUCUGAAUGUUGGAAAAGCUUCAAUAACAGUUCCUAUUUGCGUACUCACCAGAGGACCCACUCAGGAGAAAAGCCUUAUAAGUGCUCUGAGUGUGGGAAAUGCUUCUGUAACAGUUCUCACCUGAUUCAGCAUCUAAGAAUGCACACAGGAGAGAAGCCCUACCAGUGUGGUGAAUGUGGGAAAAGCUUCAGCAAUACCUCCCAUCUGAUUAUUCAUGAGAGGACUCACACGGGAGAGAAGCCCUAUAAAUGUCCUGAGUGUGGGAAGUGUUUCAGUAGCAGCUCUCACCUUAUACAGCAUCACAGAACACAUACAGGUGAAAAACCAUAUGAAUGUCCUGUUUGUGGAAAAGGUUUCAGCCACAGCUAUGUCCUAAUAGAACAUCGGAGGACUCACACUGGGGAAAAACCUUACAAGUGCCCAGAUUGUGGGAAGAGUUUUAGUCAGAGUUCCAGCCUGAUACGUCACCAGCGGACACACACAGGUGAGAAACCCUACAAAUGUCUUGAGUGUGGAAAAAACUUUGGUUGUAAUUCUACUCUAAUAAAGCAUCAGAGAAUACAUACAGGAGACAAACCCUAUCAGUGUUCAGAAUGUGGGAAGAAUUUUAGUCGAAGUUCAAACCUCAUUACACACCAGAAAACACAUACAGGAGACAAAUCCUGUGAAACUGCUGAAUAUGAAGAAAGUUUGAGUCAGAAAUGCAGCAUGGUAGAAAAAUGCAGAAUCCAGCCAGGAGAGAAACCAUAUAGAUGUUGUGAAUGUGGAAAGAGUUUUGGUCUUAGCUCCCAUCUCAUUAGACAUCAGAGAACGCACACAGGAGAAAAACCUUACAGGUGUUCUGAGUGCUGGAAAACAUUCAGUCAGAGUUCCACACUGGUGAUUCACCAAAGGACACACACAGGAGAGAAGCCUUAUAAGUGUCCUGAUUGUGGUGAAUGCUUCAGUCAAAGUUUUAACCUUAUCAGGCACCGGAGAACCCACAUAGGAGAAAAACCUUACAAAUGUACCGACUGUGAGAAAUGCUUCAGUAGAAGUGCCUACCUCAGUCAGCACCGGAAAAUUCACAUAGAAAAGUCUUUUGAGUCUCCUGAAGUUGGGGGCUUACCUCAUGAAUGGACUUGGAAAAACUAUUCAAAAGAAAUGCCUCUUAUCCCUUCAUUUUCAGUCUCAAAUUUAUCUUCUUCCUGAGUCCCCAAACCUGGUUAUUCCCCCUGCCCAAUUGGACCAUUAGGGUUUACAGUAUUCUGUGAUCAUUGGGCUAUAAAGUUUCUUUUGUGUGUUUGUCAAAACAUUUGGGAAAUGUCAGCCUCCUGGCCUAGAGGAUGGGAAGAUCACAGAUCAAUAGGUUACUGGAUCUGUCCUGUGAGAGGUAUUCCCAAGGGUGAAUAAAGAGGAGAAAAAAAAUUUUUUUAAUUUAAGGUAAGAUAGAAAUAGAGUCAAAGGAACACAUAACGAGUGAUACUAUGAGUAAGCAACAGGACAGGUGAAAACUAGAAGCUAGGA